AUGGGAGUCAACCCAGGCACGGGAAACCCGAAUUGGACAUCCCCAUAUCCACCCACACGACCGGCGAGACUAUCCACCAGCUGGCUGCACGAAAGGCAGUUCAGGAGCUUGAGAAGGGACGAGGCUGGCUGGCUCUAUGACGACAGUCUCGGGCUCAAGAAGUACCCAGGUCACUUUACCGAUCUGAUCCAGCGCGAGGCCGUCCGCCUAGGCGUCCAGUUCCAGAUCGGCGGCAAGUGGUGCUCCUUUGUUGCUGUGGAAACGAACCGUGAUGAUGAUGACAUGAGCCUUUGUGCAGAAGGCCGAGGCACAGGAGUCGCGAGAGAUGCAAAGGCCAGAUUUCUGCGGAAUGAGAACCUCUUCCUUUGCACUUCUGCCAGCUGCUCGUUCAGGGAUGAUGAGCCUAGCACCUUCUAUACCUACAUACUAUUCCAUAAUCUCUCAGGCGACCCAGACGCCAUCUCACCGACUCACAGCUCCCCGCUUCAUGAUGUCACCCUCCUGCAGACCUUCAUCCGUUCUUGGGCCUUGAAUCCUGAGUUUCUAGGUGCACUUGGCCUCGACAAGAGUCCGCUCGAUGAUCUCGGCUUGGAAUCGAACACGCGUUUUGCCGAGGCAGUCGGCUUUGCUGGCCUCUGCAGCAAUCUCGACGGCGUGGCUACGAUCCUGGCUCUCGCCUUUCUGCGCCUGAAGGGCCCCGCAGAGAGAGAUGUCUGGGAUUUGGUUGCGGACAAAGCUAUGGCGUGGUUGAAUGGACAAGUGACACAGCACGGAGACGGCUUGGAGAGGGUUGAGAAGGCUAUUGAGGCUGCCGAGGGACUAUUCUGA